GGUCAACAGACAUAAAAACUUGCAGAGGCUUUUGUUUUGCUACGUACGUAUACUAAACGCUGGAUUCUUUAUUUAAACUCAUUGUAGAAAGUGAGAUUACUUCAAGGAGGAAAUCAAGGAUGUGUUUGAAUGCAUUUGAAUUUUACACAUGAUCAAAGUUUGACAAGAUGAGUAACAGUACGAACAUCAACAGUAAAUUGAAACCACCGUCAUUGCUUGUGGUUCGUCGAGCUACACUUGCUGCAUGUCGUGAAAAAAGCAACAACUUGGGAAAGGUUGGAGGUAAAAAAGCUUCAACGGUAAAUGACAAGCAAGAGAGAGUGUUAAAAAGACAGAAUUCUAACCUUGAAAAUCAAGAACCUUUGACGAAAAAAGUGAAACGAAAAGAAUAUGCGCAAGAAGGAAAAAAGAAAGCUGUUGCCCCAAAGCGUGCUCCAUGGGACUAUAAAGGUCGCAUGGAGGAUAUGGAGCAGUAUCUGGGUACAUUAAAAAGUACACAGCAAGAAAGCAUUCAAAGGAUUGAGAUGUUGGAGUCACAGAAACACCAACUUCAGGGAAACGUUGUGAUGAAAGAGAAAGAAAUGGAAGAAGCUACAGCAUUGAGUAAGAAAUUACAAAAGCGACUGAAUGAAAAGACAGAAGUUGAGGAAGAGUUAAGAGGCGAAAUCGAGAGGGUGUCGUCGGAAAAAGAUUUGAUUGAUCGCGAAAGAGAAGAGUUUAAGUUUGAACUGGAACUAUCGCAAAAUGAAGUGAAAACUUUAAAAUUGAAGAUGUCGACGUUGUCAUCCGAACUGCUUGGUGUAAACACUGAGUUAGAUGCUAGUAAGGAUGCUUACAAAAAAGCAAAAAUGGAAAACGAUCGUCAGGCAAGUGUUAUUUUACAAUUGGAAAGUAAGAUACGCGAACAUCAAGAUAGUAUUUGUGAACUGGAGGCGAGACUUCGAGGUGAGGAAACACUACGACGUCAGCUUCAUAAUAAAGUUCAAGAGUUGAAGGGUAACAUUCGCGUCUAUUGUCGUGUUCGGCCAAGUCUGCCUUCAGAAACUAGUGUUUCGCUUACUAAUAUGGAGUUCACUAAUGACACUGAUAUUAUUCUACACAAUAACAGCAAGUCAAGUGCUUCAUCUAACAAAAGCCAACAAGCCAGAAUGUCAUUUUCAUUUGACAAAGCAUUUUGUCCAGAAACGACUCAAGGAACGGUCUAUCAAGAAAUAUCACAGCUAGUUCAAAGUGUGCUUGAUGGAUACAAUGUUUGCAUCUUUGCGUAUGGUCAGACUGGAUCAGGUAAAACAUUUACAAUGGAAGGUGAUAUCAAUGGUCGAGAAACGUGGGGUAUGAUACCACGUGCUAUGGAACAAGUCUUCUUUAGCGCUGAGGAGCUCACGAGUAAAGGUUGGAAGUACGAGAUACAAGCGUCUUUUCUCGAAAUAUACAACGAGACAAUACGUGAUCUCCUUGGAAACCCUGACAGCAAACAUGAGAUUAAACAAGUAACCACAAACAAUGGCAAACAAGCGAACGAUGUGUUCGUUACCAACUUGAAAACCGUGGCCGUUACAUCAUCCGAUCAAGUGUCAAGUUUACUUCGAAAGGCUUACGAAAAUCGUUCUGUGGCCGCUACAAACUGUAACGAUCGCUCGUCGAGAAGUCACUCUGUCUUUCAACUAAAACUCCUCGGGAGUAAUGAGAUUACUGGGGAACAAAGUCAAGGGUUAUUGAGUUUGGUUGAUCUGGCGGGUUCUGAAAGAAUAAGUCAAUCCGGAUCAACAGGAUUAAGACUUAAGGAAGCUCAAAACAUCAACAAGAGCCUCACAAAUUUGGGUAUAGUCUUCAACUCCUUGGCUAACAAGGAUAGUCACGUGCCUUAUAGAAACUCGAAAUUAACUUAUUUGUUGCAAAACUCUCUUGGUGGUAACAGUAAAAGUUUGAUGUUCGUGAAUGUUUCUCCCCGCGAGGACUCUUUCCAGGAAACCUUAUGUUCACUUCGAUUUGCAACGCAGGUAAACAAUUGUAAUAUUGGUACUGCUCAAAAAGUGAAGAAGUGAUUUCUCAAGGCUAACUUUGUAGAUAAAAAUUAAAUUUAUUUGCGCGGAAUUUCGUCGCAGUUUUAUUGAUAUACAUCAUAAGAAUGAUAAUUUUAAGAAUUUGAGAACUACUUCUUCAUAGGAAUAAUAGCGUUAUAAAGUAUUAAAUGAUAAUUUACUGUGCACGAGACAAUACCUCAGUUCAUAUAACGCUACAUUCUGGGUCUCACAUAAACUUAUAUUGCUGGCGGUGAAAAUUGAUAGGAGUAGUUUAGCACCUUUAGUUAUAACAUCAGACUAGCACGCUAGUAGCAAAGAUUAAAGCAGUUUGAAAUGUU